AUGAUGAGUUUGUUUUUUGACAGUCUGUCCCUCGCGCUUAUCGUUGUCAUCUCACAACUAUGCCGGCCUUCAAAUGCUCAUGUGGUGCCCUUUGAGGCUACCGAGCAUUUGAAGGAUAAUAUGCCUGAGCGACGAGUCUCCCCGGAUCUCUUCGACUCACUCGGAGAGUUGGCCCGCAUCGUUGAUAUUGCCUACUGCAUCGGGACCACUGGUGUUCAGAAACCGUUCCAAUGUCUCAGUCAUUGUCGGGACCUCAAGGGCUUUGAGCUAGUCGAUACAUGGCAUACGGGCCCAUUACUCUUUGACUCUUGCGGCUAUAUCGCCCUUUCGCAUCCUCCCUCACCCAAACGCAUCAUCGUUGCUUUCCGUGGCACAUACUCAAUUCCAAAUGCCAUCGCCGACCUUUCUGCCUUCCCUCAAGAAUAUGUACCAUUUACAGGAGAAAACAAUACCGAUGGCGACACGCCUAGAUGCACAGACUGUUUUGUACACCUAGGUUUUAUGAACGAGUGGCGAUCAACCCGGACGGCGAUCCUAGACGCUAUCUCCGCAGCAAGAGACCAGUACCCGGAUUACGCGCUGACAUUAGUAGGCCACUCCCUUGGUGGCGCUGUUGCCGCUCUCGCGGGGACGGAAAUGCAGCUGCGCGGAUGGGACCCUCUCGUGACGACAUUUGGGGAGCCGAGGGUGGGGAACAAGGCGUUUGUGGAGUAUCUGGAUACGGUCUUCCAUCUUAAAUCUGACAACGCCAGAGAUUGGAAAUUCCGCCGUGUGACUCACGUGAAUGACCCUGUACCUCUAGUCCCGCUUAAUGAAUGGGGCUAUGAGAUGCACAGCGGGGAGAUUUACAUCUCUCGUGUUGAGCUUCCGUUUUCUGUUGACGACGUCAAGUAUUGCAAAGGAAGGUCUGACCAAGAGUGCAUAUCUAGUGCAGAGGGCUUAGAGACCAGUUCCUCAUCACAUCAUGAACACGGCAUUGGUUUACUCGGGUCCAACGCGGAGCAGCAAGUUCUCUCAAGCUCAUCCUCAAGCUCAUCCGUGUUGGACGAAGUCGAUGAAGGUGGAGACGAAAAAGAAAUAUCUCAGGAACCUGAAUUUCGAAUAAAAUCUCACCUUCCGUGGAAUUUGCUUCCACCUAGGUUUCGACUGUGGGAGUUGUUCUACUCUCACCGUGAUUACUUCCUCCGUCUGGGCCUUUGCAUUCCAGGUGGUGAUCCGUCAGGCAGAUGGUAG